AUUUUGGUAGCAUGUCGCAUUUUUGCUGAUAAAAAGCAGUAUGGUUGCUUUAUGAGGACUUAUAAAUUAUGUCUGAGGCUGCUUUGGAAGAAGUUUUCGUUUUAUCGUCCAUUUACUGCGGAGAAGGAGAGUUCCGGGUCCUUCAACAAUCUGCUGAAGAUGGACUUGUGGUGCAGAUCAACUGCUGCAGCGGAGAAGACAGCAGGCAGAGUGUGAUGUUCCAUCUGCACCCCAGCUAUCCUUCCAGCCCUCCUGACAUCUCCAUUUCCUCCACUGGCUUCUCUAGGACUCAGUGUCAUGCCAUCAGACAGAAGUUACUGGAUCGAGCUGCAGUCCUAACCCCAGAACCAAUGCUGCACCAGCUGGUGGAGGACUUCCAGCAGCAUUGUGUGGAACUGACAAAGGACCUCAGAGAAGGCGAAGACAGGCUGAAGGAAAGUGAAAGAGUGGAGGAGUGGACUGAAGUUCUGUUGCUGGACCACAUCCGAUCUCGUAACCGUUACAUCGGACUUCUGGAGCACUGGAGCCAGCAGCUGCAGCUGGCAGGCAGGCUUCUGCUGGGGCAGAAUAUACUCGUUAUUUUACAAGGAGAAAGACGUAACAUCAAGGAGUUUUGUCAUAGGUUAAAGACGGUUAAGGUGGAUGUGGACUCUUCAGGCAAGAAAUGCAAAGAAAGGAUGAUGAAGGUUCUGCUUGAAGUCCCAUCUUCUUCCACCUUUAGAAAUAGUCUGCAGGGUUUCAUAGUGAACAACUACCAGUCGUUAUCAGAGCUGACUGCUGUCUUCCAGGAACUGAACAUGGCUCAGGUUUAUCAGCAGGUGCUGCCUUCAUUAAACGGCUGAUGGAAGGAGAACUGGCUGAUCCCAGAGCUGCUCCUGCUAGCGUCCAACUACAGCACAAAAAGCAUCCGUAUCAACCCYGGAGCAGACACAAGGGAGCCAAUGGAGGAGCAGCUUAUCAGUAACGACUCGUGAACUUCAUUGAUAAUAGAUUCAGAAACACGGCAUUAUUUCUGCCUCUUGUUGUGUCUGUCUCGUCUCGUAGUCGCCAUGUCUUUAUUUUCAGGCCGCUAUGAAAGUUUAAGGGCUUUCAGUGACAUUUUAUUGGCUUUCAAAUCAGGUCAAUGAGGUCUAACAUGGAUUAAAGGGACAGUUUAACAGUUUUGAAGUGGUUUUCUGUGGAACAUUUAUCAGUAAUUAACAUCUUACCUGUUGUAGGUAGCUCUAUGAAAGGCCUCAGUUAGUCUYAUCAGGGCCAAGACUGAAAUAUAAUAUUAUCAUCUUGAUAUAAAUCCAAUAUUUUACUAUUUUAUAAGAGAAUAAAUGGGUAAAAAAUAUAUAUAAAAACUUUUACAGCAUUUUAAAGAAAAGCACUUGUCGUUCAAGCAUUGUGUAAAAAAAAAUGAGAGCUUUUACAAGAAUCAAUAUGAGUCAGAGUAAACAUUACAGGGUAUUUAAACUGUAGGUUUAAAUGACCCAACACACAAGCUGACUGGUCUUUGUUACAACUGUUUUUGUAGCAGUUUUAUAAAACGUUUUACUUCCACCURGUGGUUAGAUCGAUGAUGACAAGUGAGUGAAGCCAAACUGAGCUGGCCCCUCUGCUCCUGCCACUCAGCAGUUUAUGUUUUAAUGCUGGAUGUGUUUGGAGUCAGAGCUCCACAUGUGAAGCUCACAGCUGUAACUCUGACAGAACCACACCAGCGAACUCUGACGGGGCUCGCGGCCAAUCUUUGCAGUGUUCCAGCAAAUAUCUGCCGUUGUGCUUCCUGUCUGGGCUUUUAUAGUUUUUCUUAUUUUGUUAAGAAAAUUUAAUUUGUCCGUGUUUAGAUAGUACAUGCACUGACCCAGACAAAUCUGUUUAACCUGGCCUGCCUUUAGGCACAAGCAGGACUAAUACAAACAGGAAGUCUUAUAUAAUACAGCACAUUUCUCAUCUCCGUAAUGAGCAUAUUCUACAAUUUAAAAAAAAGGAACAUCAACAAAGUUAAAGCUAGACACUGAAACAAACACAUUCCAUCCAGUUCCUCUGAACCAUUUAAACCACAGGUCAGUGACCAGGAUCAGCUAUGUUUCCACCGAAACUCUUUAGACCGUUUGUGUUAAACGUGGAGAUCGAAUGUUCGCCAGCUUUUGUUCUCGUCUGUUUCCAAAGUUAACAUCUGUAUUGAACAUGGUAUUUGUUAUUUGUCAUCAUUGGUUUAUCAUUUAUUCCCUCCAUUUUUCCAGUCCAGAUCUCCUGCUCUAUUUCUUUAGUUUGGCUCAGGAUAGGUCAUGUGUUGUUUAAUCUUUGCCAGAAUAGUUCAGCUGGUGUUAAAUUGUGCUCCAAAAACAAACUUUUGUAUAAAUAAACAAAGCAUACGACAUUAUUUACAAUUAGAGUCAGGCCCAUACUCAUUGUGGGUGUGAAUGUCAAAUAAAUUUUGGGCUUUAAAUGAUUUAUUAGAAUAUUUUUUUUGCCAGAGUUGAAUUAUUUAUACAGCAUACAGCUUUCAAUUAAAAUACAUAAGUACA